AUGGCUGAUUGGAUUCUCACCUAUGCCUUCCUAGACCAACAUCUGCACUCCGGACCUCCACAAGUCGUGCUUUCACCUUACGACAUCCCUUCUCGUCAUUCUUCUCCCGGCAUUCGCCCAGCAAUUAGCCGCUCUGGACCCUCAGACUCUCUUGCUUCGGCUCGUCUUCUAAUCAGCCUGCAGAAUACUUAUUGUAGUGACUGGCUGCAUAUACAGACACCUGUAGACAAAAGGGAACUUGAUGCGUCCAUAUCUGCCUGGCCACAUAGGUUUGCCCAUUUGGCUGGCUAUGGCGCCCGCUACUACUCCUACUUAAUGGCGCGAGCCGGAGCCACUUUGGUGUGGCGCCAUUGUGGAUUCGCUACUGACCCUUGGAACAGCUCGGCUGGGGAGGUGAUCUUUUUUUUUAUUAAGCUGGUUAAGCAUCUCUUAUCUGUUGGUGGUGAAUGCCGACCUCACACAGCUAUAUCUAACCUCCUUGCGGCGUCAUCGACCUACCAAAACGCAUCUAUAGAGCUGCUCUCGAUGGAGAAAUUGGCCGAUGCUCUUUUUGAUCAGCUGAACGAUUGUGAAAAAGCCGCUGAGCUACUUGAUGAAAACCCUGGUUGGCACUUGAUCUCCCCUAGUCGCCUGCCCAAAGCGCAGUAA